CCAAUAAGGCAGGAAUGAGACUCCCUCACUUCCGGACACGGCGGUGGUCGUCCCGCUGUAGGUGAUCGUCAUGAAACAUGUUCACAGUCACCUCCUCAGCUGCGCCUCUGAAACGCUCUCUCUGUAAAAGGGUUUUCUCUGCGGACCCAGCGGCUCCCACCAGAAAACUAGAGUGCAGCUCACAGCACGAGAAGACAGAGGAGAGAGCCCGCGUUCACUCGAGCGCCCACAAAUCUCCGAGCAGGACUCGCGGCUCUUUACUCGGUUUGGUUUGACAAAGACGAGCCCGGAGGAAAAAUACGCGCCUUCUCAACAUGCAUAAAGAAAAAGGAGUCUUCAGUCUCUUCAUCCUGUUUUUGGGCCUCGCUACACUAUGCGAGAGUCGGGUGGUGUCGGUGCCUGCUGGUCCAUUGGUACGUGUAGAGGGGCAGUCUGUGGCCAUCCGCUGUAACGUUUCGGAUUAUCAGGGACCCAGAGAUCAAGAGUUUGAGUGGGCCUUGAUUCUGGAUAAUGGAGCAGAAGUCCAGCUCAUCUCUACCUUUGAUCCAUUAUACCCAGACACCUCUGUAAAGGACCGGGUCAACAGUGGGGGCAUCAGCAUUAAGAAACUGUCAGAUGCUUCAGUUGAGCUGAUUAUUAGCAAGGUCAGAGCCUCAGACAGUGCCACCUAUCGCUGCAGUACCCCCAGCACCGACUCAGUCAUGAGUGGGAACUACCAUGCAGAUGUGGAACUCAGAGUGAUUGGAGAUACUCUAAGGGUGGUUCCAUCCAUUCCUCAGCCAGCUGUGUCUGAGGGUGAACCAUUGGAGCUGCAGUGCAACGCCAGCCGGGCCUACACAGCGCAUACCUUCCUGUCAAUCACCUGGUCCAUUAGAAAGGAGACCAACACUCUGGAAGACAUAUUGACAUUUGGGCCAGACAGCGGGGUGAAAGCUGGCCAAGGUUUUGCACAGCGUUAUGCAGAUGGUGGACUUCUUCUGGACCUACGUGAAGGUGGCUUUUAUGGAUUGGUCAUGAAGGGGGUGAAGCCAUCAGAUCAGGGUGCAUAUGUAUGUACAGCCAGGGAGUGGACGCGGCAGCCUGGCGGAGGGAAAGGUUGGCACAAGAUCCUAGAAAAGAGUGAAGAAAUGGGGAUGGUUACGGUCACACCCUUAGCCCAGUCUCUGGUGGUUUCUGUGGAGAAGAAUAUUACCCUCAAUGUGGAGGACACUCUCAAUCUGACCUGCUUGCUAGCUGCUCAUGGCCUCCUUUCUCUGGACCUGGAGCUGACGUGGCUGGUCAGAGCAGUGAACUCAUCGGCUGGCCAACGAGUGCUGAUCCAUGUGGGACGUGAUGGGCAGGUCCUGAACGGCUCAGAACUGGUGGGCAUGAGCAGGGUUAAACCAGACGCUUUCCGACUCAUCCUGCCUAAAGUGCAGCGCUCGGACUCCGGUCUAUACUUCUGCCAGGUCAAGGCCUGGUUGCCACAGGGCAGUGGGAGAUGGUACCAGGCUGCAGAGAAAACCUCUGACCCUGUCCAGGUUCUGGUAACACGGCUAGAUCCAGAGUUUAAGGUGACCCUCACAGCAUCUCUGACCCCCCAGUUCACCUCUGACCCCACAGAGAUGGUCUGUCAGGUGACCAACCUCCUCAAUCUGCGAGAUGGCCAGCUGAGUGUGUCCUGGACCUAUGCUAUGAACACACCAGGAGAUUCCAGCAUCAGCACUAUUGCCUCUAUAAAUGAGCAUGGGGUGCUGGUACCAGGAGAGAAGUAUCGGCAGCAGCUGGACAGAGGGGAUAUUGCAGUGACUCGCAGUGAGCAGAAUGCCUUCAGACUCCGGAUGCUCCGCACUCGGGAUGAGGACAUGGGUUUUUAUUCCUGCAUUGUAACUGCCUGGACCCCCAGCCGCCAGGCAGGAUGGGACAAGGCCAAAGAGAUUAAGUCAGAUCCAGUCACUGUACAAUGGAAACCCAAGACCCCAGUGCUCAGUGUGGUGGCUCAUCGGGUGAGAGAGGCCUCUACAGGUGGCUCCACGUUCGAGAUGAGUUGUCGGGUGACGGGUCAGAACCUGCAGAACCCUGGCUAUUCUGUGCUCAUCCGUUUUGAAGAUGCGCAGGGACAGAACCCUCAGAAAAUUCUGUCCCUGAAUGCAGACUCUGUGCUGCAGCUGGAGGAAGGUAUGGCAGCGAGCCGCACAGACAGCGUGGCCCUGGAGAAGAUGGGGCAGCAGGAGUACCGUUUCAGGCUGUAUGGGGUGCAGGUCUCAGACAGAGGGUUUUACUGCUGUGAAGUGACUGCCUGGACGCGCGAUCAGAGCAGCGACUGGAGCAGAGCCGUCAGCGCAGAGUCCAAUAAAAUAGAGAUCGCCUUUGCAGACUCAGGUCCAGUAUUCAACGUGUCCAUUCACUCAGACAGAUACAGGGUGCUCCCUGGGGACACUGCCAAAAUGGAGUGCAUCUUAUCCACACUGGGGGCCACUCCCAACACAGAUGAUGUGGCCUUUGACGUUCGUUGGUUCCAGAGUCCAGCACGAGCAGUGGAGAAUGGUGGUGCUGUGCCCCUCAUCAGCAUGGAUCGCUGGGGGGUGGUGAAGAAGAGUGGGGGGAAUGAGAGCACAGAGUGUAGUCUGGAACGCACAGACAGGAAUACCUUUGUGCUCAGUGUGCACCGCACUCAGGACAGGGAUAUAGGAGAGUAUUACUGCACAGCGAAGCCCUGGUACAUCUUACCUGACGCUGGUACCUGGAGGGAUGGACCUGAGCUCACCUCUGCCCCAGUCAUUCUCUCCAUGAAACUAGCAUUGUGGGACUCUCUGAAGAUGCCAGUGUUGUAUGGUGUGGUUGCUGCUCUGGGCAUUGGCGCCCUCUCGAUUCUUCUUGGGCUUCUUGUUGCCAACUGCUGCCUCUCCAGAAACCCCAUGCACACACCCCGCAGCAAGCUCAUGGACCUGGAAAUUGACUGAAAAUCAGCAGAAUGCUCCAUAACAAGCCCAGUCUCUCCUGCUAAUGUGACCACAUUUUUACCUUAAGCCCCCUUCAAGUCAGCAUCGCUACUGAUGACCUACCAAUUGUAUUGAGCUACGGCUGUUUAGAUAUGCGUGAAUGCACCACUUCAAGGGAGAAAAAGACAGUGUAGUGAAUCUUGACUGUAUGCACUUAAGAGGAUGUAGGCAUUCUAGUGAGAUAAUGAAAGCUCGCAUUGACAGCUGGUGCACUUCCAGUAUCUCAGGAAUCAUUUGCUGGCAACGGAAACACUGGCUUUAGUUACUGCUUUUGGCAACAGAAAGCCUGUUUCAUAUGUUGAAAUGCUGACCAGUGUUCUGAGGAGCUUCAUUCUGGAAUAUUUUAGCAUUCCAUACAAGGUUGUGACUGCAUUGGGCCUCCACCAGCAAUGUUAUGGUGUGUGGAGCACACUCUCCUUCCUGUAUGAAGGACUCUAAUUAAAGAGCCAUGGACACAUCGAGCACUUUGGCAGAACUCCCGGUAAACUUUCAUUCUGAUCUCACCGCAUAUUCUCACCCCAGAUCUUGUGCCUGUCAUGUCAUUGAUGGUUCUCCUGCAGCCACCCAGCCUCCCUGUCAUUCAGGGGCAUGUUCUUGACAGCGUGGAGCUCCAGGGGGCUGACCUUUCCCUUCCAGUUCUAAAGACUCCUCUGCUCAUCAGCAGUCCAGCUGACCAUGACUGAUGGACGCUCUGGGGUUGGCUGCACUGUUCUCUGACCCCUCCAGGGUUCAGAACUGACGCCCACAGGCUGUGUGUUAACUUCUUUAAGGGUUUUUUUGGCCAGAGGCAGCAUUGUUCCAAAGACCGACGAUAUCAGUUACUAAAGCUUUGGAAAACUGUAGCAUGCUCACUCCAACAGUGUGCACAAUGGCCUUUAAAAGGUCCUGAUAGAUGAUAUCCUCCACUUAAUGUUCAUCCGCCAAUGCUUUGUGCUUCACUGAAAGCAAACACACACUAUGGAGUUACACAUUCAAAGUACAUUAAUGCAUUUAUUUUUUCCAUAAAACACAGCUGCACAGACAUUGCCCUCAAACUGCACAGACACACAGAUUAUAGGUGUUUCAUUGUUUAUGCUUCAAGUUUAAUACUCUUUCACCAUCAGUCCAGCCUAGUCUACUGUGAAGACUGCUGUUGGCACACAUGCCUCUCCACAAAACUGAGGAACCAUCUGCAGUGUGUGUUUUAGCAUAAUAUUUUAACCCCUUAAACUCUAAACUUAAUAGGUUAUUAAUCUAAGUCUUGAGGCUUGUUGGUCAGUAUUAAUCUUAUUAUUCAGUACUAAUAUGAAUUAUUCAGUAACAACUGAGAUCUAACAUGUAUGCAGUUUUGAAAGUGAAGCUAAGACGCCAGGCCCAUGGAGUUUAAGGGGUUAAAGUAACUGAUCCCAAUGCAAAUCUGACCUAGAAAUAGAGGUCAUCUGUCUCUACACCAGUGGUUUCCAACCCUGAUCCCUGGAGUACACUGGAUCUAACUAAUUGGCUAAUUGCCUUCCCUGUUUUGAGUCAAAGUGGGUAUGUUGGAGAAGACGAGUAGUAAAAUUUUCAUAACAGGGGGCUCCAAGCAGGGCUGAGAACCACUGUCGUACAAGACCCACAACAACCUUUCAUGGAUGUAUGGUGGGACAUUUUUAAAAACGCAUUGUACAAUUGCUCUUUUAUUGAUGUUUUUAUUAUUGUAUUUUAGGGAGCGUCUUGUAAAUAUGAAUAGAUUAAAAUGGAGUCAAAUUUUAUGUGCUUCCUUUUUUGUUAUGGUUUGCCAAUAAGAUCAAUGUUUUUUUAUGAUUUACAAUCUCUUUAGCUUUUCAUAAAACAAAAAGUCUGAAAAAAACAGACAACCCCUCCAAAAAUUGAUACCAUAAUAAAAGUUUUAUAAGCAUGAGUUGGCUCGAGCUCUCUCUGUGUCCUGAAUCUCUGCAAAGCCCCUUGAGAAUCACCCCUCCAUCAUCUCACUAAAUUAUUAAUGCUGAUUUGUUUUAUAUGCAUAACACUAGGGUAUGACAUAUUUCUGUCCUUGGUGACAGCCUAGACUGUCCCUCCAGUAAGGCCUCGCCAUCUUACUGUCACUUUUUGUGUAGCUUCAUCUUUUCAGUUUUCUUUUCCCUCCUCACAGUCUACUUGGCAUUUCCUCUUAAGUUUCCUCUUUUUUCUUUUGUUUUUACUUCAUCAGUUAUUCUCUUACCCUUCUCGCUCGCUCUUGUUCUUGCCCUGCUGUGUCUCUCUCUCUGUCUGUCUGUCUGUCUGUCUGUCUGUCAGGGCAUUUGUUAGAUGAACUUGGAUUAAUUGCAGCGUGUUCCUUCAGAAGAGUGGAUUUAUGUGUUAGUGCUUGAGUUUUUUUUUUUCUUCAUGCACUCUUUUUUUUUUUUUUUUUGUGUGUCGUGUAUUAUGGGCUUUACAUCUACAGCAGGUCAGAUUCAUAAAAAUAUAUCUCAGAAUUACAGUGAUGCUAAAAGCAAAUAGUGUUGUGGUUCUGACUUGUUUUAUCUAUUAUGUGAUAUGAGGUGUGUCCAUGCGUUUAUCUGAUUUAUGUGCUGUAGUUGUGAUCUGUAACAUGAUACAAUUCCAUAGAAAAAGACACCUGAACCAGUCUGGCAGCAAUGUUUUUGGGAAACCCAUCUGCUAUUGUAGGGAGUGAUGUUAAUUAAAGAUUCACAAAAUUAAAAUAUUUUGUAUUAUGCAGGAUAAAACAAAGUACAAUAUGGCCUAGCACAUUGGAGCAAGUGCGCUAAAACAAGCUGCCUUAGUAGGGCGUAAGAGGAAUGAAAAACAUUGUUUAGGAAGCGAAUGAACUUAGGAACUUCUCAAGGGGAUGAGAUGAGGAGAUGACAAAAAAGGGGUGGGAUGACACCACCCCAUCCUUACUGAGGGUAUAAAUUAUGUGUACAAACCCUGUAUCUGUGUGAGUGUUACCCGAGGGCCUUUGGGAAGCAUUCUCCAUGCUCAAGAAGAAUAAAUGACCUGCCCUUCUGAAAUCCGAA